AUGUUGAGUUCAAGUACCGGUGUACCCGAUGAUGCAUCGCGACAAAUGUCAGCCAUCAAUAAACGAAAAGAACAAUUGAAACGUUGGGAAGAAUCAGACACCAACCGUGAAUCGUAUACACCAAAAAUAUCACAGAGAGUUAAAUUUCAACAAGCCUAUGUAUUUUUGGCAGCUUGUUCUAGUUCGGAUAAAGAUGAAGUUGAAAAAUUAAUACAACGAGGCGUUGAUAUUAAUACGUCGAAUGUUGAUGGAUUAACGGCAUUACAUCAAGCUUGUAUUGAUAAUAACCAACUGAUGGUUGAAUAUUUAUUAUCUCGUGGUGCUGAUAUUAAUUGUCAAGAUAAUGAAGGUUGGACAUCGUUACACGCAGCUGCUUCAUGUGGAAAUAUUGAAAUUGUCAAAUAUCUAUUAUCUCAUGGUGUUAUUGUCGAUAUAUGUAAUAAUGAGGGUGAAUUAGCUGUCGAUGUAGCAGAAGGGGAUGAAAUUGCUCAAUUAUUGGAGGAAGAUAUGAAACGCAAAGGAAUUGAUGAAGAAGCUGCCCGUCAUAUUGAACAUCGUACGAUGUUAAAACAUGCCCAAGACUGGCUCAAUCGUACUCCAAAUUUUCGUCCAGAACAAAUUAUUCAUCAACGAACAGGAGCGACAGCGCUACAUGUGGCUUGUGCCAAAGGAUAUUUAGAUGUCAUGGAUAUUUUGUUAAAAGCUGGCGCUAAUAUAAACGCAAUGGAUAAUGAUGGUUGGACACCACUUCAUGCAGCUGCACAUUGGGAUAAACAUGAUGCUAUCAAGUUUUUGAUUGAUAGAAAUUGUGAUCUUGAAGCAAAAAAUUAUGCCGGACAAACUGCCAUGGAUGUUUGUGAUGGUGCUACUCAUGAACUUCUUAAAGAAUUGAAAGAACAAAAAAUACCUCAACCACCACCGCCUACACCUAUGACGAGAGCAUCUAUAAUCGACGCAAAAGACCUAUCUCCAUUUCCCGAUAAUGUAUUUAAUCCAUGGAAACGAAAACCUGGCGCAACUAGUCAACGUGCUCCAUUAACGGAUGUUGAGCAAAAACCAAUUCAACAACAACAAUCUCAAAAUUCUCGUUAUGGAGCACCGAAAGAUCAAACACCAACGUCGACCAGAUCAGAAACAUUCGAUGAAAAUUUUGAACCAAGUACAACUGCAGCUAAGCAAACAAUAUCAUCUUCGAUUAGUUCACAAAAAAACGAGCAACUACCAUCAUCACAGCAGCAGCAGCUCGCCCCCCAAAAUGCUUUAGAUGCUCUUGUCAAUCUUAGUCCUAAUUUAACACCUCCACAGCAACAACCUCAAAUCAUUACUACCGAACCAGUACUGACAUCGCCUGGCAUUAAGGAGAAAUUGAGUAAUCUUCAACGAUCGUUACAUGAUCUUAGUAAUCGUUAUUUAAAAACAAAUCAUGAUGAGUCUGCAGUAUCUCCGUUAUUGUCACCUCCUGUCCAAGUCGCCGCAAUAAAUAUUACAAGUACAGUUCCAACGAUCUUAACAACAACAACAACAUCAACGAGCACAUCAAAUAGAUUAAACAAUCAACAAAAACCACUAACAAAUUCUUUGUCUACACCUACGUACACGGAACGAACAAAGCGGGCGCAUGAACAAUUAGUCGCCACUUUAUCCACCCAACCAAGCACAACAACACCAUUACCUCGUCCAGGUUACCUAGCGACAAACAAAUGGGGUACUGAACGUUCAGCAGAAGCCCCUUAUAUUCGUCGUCGAUCAGGAGCCGGUGUUGAAGCGUACACUUCGACUACUAUAACUACAACCCCAACUGUUAGUGUAAUAUCAUCAUCAUCUGCCAAUCCUCCUGUUUUAACAACAAGUGUUUCCGUGCAACCAGCUACACCGACUGUAAUCCCUUCAACAUCAGCUGUAACACAAUCUUCCUCUUCAGCUCUACAAAAUGAACAAACAUCGUCAGAUCCGCUCGCUAGAAGGCGUUCAAAUGUACCUCCAAGUAAAGAUGAUGAAGCUGAAGCACAACGAAAACAUCGAUCUGCUCAAGCAAGACGAGAAAGACGUUCGACACAGAGUGUUACUGUUGAAGAUAUUCGAACGGCUGAACAACAAAUUAAAAAUCGUGAAGGACUACCAACAUCUUCCUCUGACCAACAAAAUACUCUCAACCAACAAAAGCAACAACAACAACAACAACCGACUAAACUUGGUCUAUCAAAUUUGGAUAGAACACCAACUGUAGUACAUACAAACAGUAUUAACGUAGUUGGAAGUCAAGCGGGUGGUAGUAGUGGUAGUGGGGGAGAAGAUGUACUCGGACAAAAUGUUGAAACAGAUAAAUUACAACGAUUUAUUGAAGAAAACAAAGAAUCGCAGCGUGGAUCAAGAAGAGCAAGCGGAGAAGACGAAACUCGUUUGCCAUUUGACAAUUCAACAGAUAAUUCAAGAAGAUUUCGAUCAAGAUUUGCUACUGAAGAACAACCAACUUCAACUUCGAUUCAAGCAAACGAUUCAUUUAAUUUAAAUCAAUCUGAACUUGUUCCGAAUCGUCGCCGACAUAGGGAAACAAAAGAAGUUGAAAUUCGAGAUGAUGCAGAUUAUGUACCAAAAGUAUCCAUAUUAGAUUCAUCUCACAGAUCUGACGAUCAAAAAUUACAAGAUAACGCGCAACAGAACGCCAGUCAAUCUCCAGGAGUAUUAGGCUCUCGUGGUUUAAUUUCUCGUUUCGAAAAUUCACCUUCAACAGCUGCACCCCUAACAACUUCACCUCCAUUAACUCAACCACAAACAUUAUCAUCAUCAUCAUCAUCAAAUCAAUCCUUUAGAAAUAAUCGUAGUCAAAGUCAAGAUCCAUCAAGAAAACCCGUUUCAUCUGUUAGUAGCAGCAAUCAACAAAUUCAAAAUACAAAUGAAACACGUACAAAUGCAAUGAACGGCAUGGCAUCACCGUUUAGUGUAAGAAAACAAACACCACAAGAGACAUCUACACAACCGUUGAAAGAGAAUACGACAAAUGCACAGUCAGACACAUCAGGCGUUAAAAGGUUGUAUGAAGAUGCCAAACGUAAAAUUGAUGAGUUACAACAAAAACUUGAGCGUAUGGAGCGUGAUAUACUUGACCGAGAUCAAAUGAUUGAAAAAUUAAAAACAUCACAGUAUAUUGAGUCAUCCAUGGAUAAAAGAGAAAAACGUGCUUAUGAAAGAAAAAUAUCAGAAUUAGAAGAAGAAUUGAAAAAAAUGGAUUCAAUUAAAGCUGAUAAUACCCGUUUAAAAGAAGAAAAUGCGGCUUUGAUACGUGUUAUUAGCAAAUUAUCGAAAUGA